GCACACGUGUGCGAGCCCGCGUACGCGUCUCUUCUCUUAAAUGCGAAACAUCGUCGACACUUCUUCACAUCAGCAUCGCCGCCGCCGGGACCGAGUCGGGGCCCGCCUCAGGAAUCGCACGUGUGCGGCACACACGCGCUCGAGUGGACUCCGGUUGACCAUGGUUACCGCGGCGAGAGGGAUGCUCGGAAUGUGCGCCUACCUGUGCGUGUGUGGCGUCAUGACCUCUCAUGUGCCUGCGAGGAUGAACAGAACCAUUCAGAACCUACUGCAGCUAUAUAAGAUUCCGCCCAAAGAACGUUUUAACGGCCAUCCCGUCUUCUCCAGAGAGCUCCUGAGCACUAAGAUGGAGGCCAAGGAAAUGCUGAUGUCGGCGGUGCUGCAGACGUACGAGGAGCUGUUGGGCCACAUGCUGAAGCAGCCGCCCGGCCCUCCGCCGUCCGACUCGGGAGACGACGCCCGAGUCGGGCUGAACUACCUGCUGAAGUGCGUGCGGGAUCUGCGCAAGUACAGGUAUCAGAAGCAGGACAAAGUUCUCAGCGGGCUGAGCGAGCUCCGACACCUCCAGAUGGACAACUUGGUGGUCCAAAGCAAAGCAUUGUGGGAGCUGCCCUGGCUGUACGAGGAGGCCAGGUCGUUGGCCGAGAGUGGCCGGGCGGGGACGCCCAAUCGCCUGCGGCCUCGAAGGCAAGCCACGCCGCCACGCCGCCGCAGGCGAAAACCGUGAGCUCGUGGGAUGCCUUUUCAUUUCAUCACAUGAGACUAUUUAUUCCCACGCACACACAUUUUGAUGAUGCUAUUUAAGCUUGAUUUGUUCUUAUUUAUGAGCUAUUUAUUUGAUGAGCACCUAAUAAAGAUGCUACAAUUCUA